AUGUUCGGAAAAGUUGCCCUGGAGGAGGCAUUCGCCCUACCCCGAUUUCAGGAAAGGACAAGGUGGUGGGCUUCUCUCUUUGCCGUGGACCCUGAUAAGCAUGCUGCCGAAAUCACCGACAUCACCACCACUCGCAUCGAGUACAUGGACAAGCACGGCGUCGGAUACACCAUCUUGUCCUAUACAGCACCCGGAGUCCAGGAUGUGUGGGAUCCCAAGGAGGCCCAGGAGCUGGCUGUCGAGGUCAAUGACUAUGUUGCCGGAGCCAUCAAGCCACACCCGGAUCGCCUUGGUGCCUUUGCUACCCUGUCAAUGCAUGACCCGUCUGAGGCCGCGGCCGAGCUUGAGCGUUGUGUGACCCAGCUGGGCUUCAAAGGAGCUCUUGUCAACGACACCCAGCGCGCGGGCCAUGACGGAGACGAUAUGAUCUUCUACGACGGCCCUGAAUGGGAUGUCUUUUGGGCCAAGGUGACCGAAUUAGAUGUUCCCUUCUAUCUUCACCCCAGGAACCCCACCGGCUCAAUCCAUGACAAGCUGUGGGCCAAGAGGAAGUGGCUUAUUGGACCCCCCCUCAGCUUCGCUCAGGGUGUUAGUCUGCACCUCCUCGGCAUGGUUACCAAUGGUGUCUUUGACCGACACCCGAAGCUCCAGAUCAUCAUCGGCCACUUGGGAGAGCAUAUUCCGUUUGAUCUGUGGAGGAUCAACCACUGGUUCGAGGACGUCAAGAAACCCCUGGGUCUCUCAUGCAAAAAGACAAUCCGAGACUACUUUGCCCAGAACAUUUGGAUCACCACUAGUGGGCACUUUUCCACACCGACCCUCGAGUACUGCAUCACCGAGAUCGGAGCUGAUCGCAUCCUCUUCUCCAUUGAUUACCCCUUUGAGUCAUUCGGUGACGCAUGCGACUGGUACGAUGAGGUGAAAUUAGGAGGAGACGAUGUGAAGAAAAUUGGCAAGGACAAUGCCAAGAAGCUGUUUAAGCUUGGUGCCUUCAAGGACUCCGAGUAG